AUGGAAGUGAAUGAAGAAAUAAGGAAAUGUUCACGACGAAACUCGGAAACAGUGCGGAUAAUAGAUACAGUGACAUCAAAUGUUCUCAUCUCCAACAAUUGGCAGAUAUCGGAAGAAGGGUUCACUGUAAUGUUGAAUGACGAAAAUGGAAAAGUUGCAGCGGACGAAAAUAUAUUUAUUCGCAAGAGAAUUCUGAAGGGAAAUAUCGAUCAGCAAAGUGAAGAUAUUAUUGAAUCUGUAGCAAAAACAAUUGUUAUGGACGUUAUCACCGAUCCAAUUCCGAUGGUAUGUUAA